AUGGAGGCGAGCAGCAACAAUAGCAGCAACCUAGCUAGCAGCGUCGCCCAAGCCAUUGCCGUCUCUCUCGACUGGACCUCCUCUCCCGACGCUCGCAAAGCCGCCGUUGCUUUCCUCGAAUCCAUUAAAACCGGAGAUGUGCGUGUUUUGGCAAACACAGCGUUCCUUCUAGUGAAGAAGGAUUGGUCUUCUGAAAUUCGGUUGCAUGCAUUUAAAAUGUUGCAGCAUUUGGUCCGGUUGCGAUGGGAGGAAUUAAACCCAACAGAACAUAGAAACUUUGCUAAUGUCACUGUUGAUCUAAUGUCUGAGAUUGCAAAUCCUAGUGAAGAGUGGGCUUUGAAAAGUCAGACAGCAGCACUUGUAGCUGAGAUAGUCAGAAGUGAAGGAGUAAAUCUUUGGCAGGAUCUGCUUCCAGCUCUGGUUUCCUUAUCUGCAAAAGGUCCUAUACAAGCUGAGUUGGUCUCCAUGAUGCUGAGGUGGCUUCCUGAAGACAUUACUGUUCAUAAUGAAGAUUUGGAAGCUGAUCGGAGAAGGCUAUUGUUGCGUGGGCUGACCCUAUCGUUACCUGAAAUCUUGCCUCUAUUAUACACUUUACUAGAGAGGCAUUUUGGAGCUGCCUUGAGUGAAGCAGGGAAACAACAAGUGGGCCUUGCAAAACAACAUGCAUCUGCAGUAACAGCUACUUUGAAUGCCGUUAAUGCAUAUUCUGAAUGGGCUCCAUUGCCUGAUCUUGCUAAAUAUGGUAUAAUUCAUGGGUGUGGCUUCUUACUUUCUUCACCUGACUUCCGUCUUCAUGCUUGUGAGUUUUUCAAACUUGUUUCCGCAAGAAAGAGACAUGCUGAUACAUCCACUCCUGAAUUUGAUUCUGCAAUGAGUACAGUUUUUCAUAUUUUAAUGAACGCCUCCAAAGAACUUUUACACAGUUCUGGUGUCAAUGCUGGGGCCAUUGAUGAAAGCAAUAUUGAGUUUGCGGAAUGUUUAUGUGAAAGUAUGGUGUUUUUGGGUUCAACAAACUUGCAAUGUAUCAUGGGUGAUAGCACCGCAUUACCUCUUUAUUUACAACAGAUGCUCGGGUUUUUUCAACAUCAGAAGCUAGUUCUUCAUUUCCAAUCUCUCCAUUUUUGGCUGGCACUCCUGAGAGACUUAAUGUCUAAGCCAAAGGCAGCUGCAAACUCAUCAGCUGAUGGUUCUGACGAGGCUGAUAAGGAAAAGCAGAAGAUUUUGAGUUUUGUGAACGAUGACAUAUGUAGUGCACUUCUGGAUGUAUCUUUCCAACGGUUGCUCAAGAGAGAAAAGAUUCUUCAUGGAACUUCAUUUUCUUUGGGGCCGUUGGAGUUAUGGAGUGAUGAUGUUGACAGCAAAGGAAAUUUCGGCCAGUAUCGCUCAAAGCUGUUAGAACUUAUCAAGUUUGUGACCUCAUACAAGCCUGUUAUAGCCGGUGCCAAGGUUUCUGAAAGAAUUGAUACAAUCAUUAAAAGUCUCUUGCUUUCUCCAAUGCCUUCUCAGGACUUGGCUGUGAUGGAAAGCAUGCAGUCUGCUCUAGAAAAUGUCGUAAGCACUAUUUUUGAUGGAUCAAAUGUAAUUGGUGGGGGUCAUUCUGAAGUUCAAGUAGGACUAUGCAGAAUAUUUGAAGGUUUGCUUCAUCAGCUUCUCUCUUUGAAUUGGACUGAGCCAGCCCUUGCGGAAGUACUUGGUCACUACUUGGGUGUGAUGGGUCCAUUUUUGAACUAUUUCCCAGAUGCAGCAGGCAGAGUCAUCAAUAAACUAUUUGAGCUCCUAAACUCACUCCCUUUUGCUGUUAAGGAUCCCUCUACAAGUAGUGCACGAUAUGCAAGGUUGCAAAUUUGUACAUCGUUUAUUCAUAUAGCCAAGACUGCUGACAAAAGUAUUCUUCCUCACAUGAAGGGUAUAGCUGACACCAUGGCAUAUUUGCAAAAGGAAGGUCGUUUACUUCGUGGUGAACACAAUCUUCUAGGCGAAGCAUUUCUUGUCAUGGCUUCUGCGGCUGGAUUUCAGCAGCAGCAAGAAGUUUUGGCCUGGUUAUUAGAACCCUUGAGCCAGCAAUGGACACAAAUAGAGUGGCAAAAUAACUAUUUAUCUGAACCACUAGGACUUGUUCGUCUGUGUGUGGAGACCCCAACUAUGUGGUCAAUUUUCCACUGUAUUACAUUCUUUGAGAAGGCACUUAAGAGAAGUGGAACACGGAAAACACAUUUGAGUUCACAAAACAACUCAGCCGCAAGUUCUACUCCCUUGCACCCUAUGGCUUCUCAUCUAUCAUGGAUGCUGCCACCUCUUCCCAAACUUCUACGCGCCAUACAUUCCCUUUGGUCUCCAUCCGUAUCUCAAACUCUACCUGGAGAAAUGAAAGCUGCAAUGACCAUGAGCGAUGCUGAGCAAUACAGUCUUCUUGGUGAAGGAAAACCUAAACUGUCCAAGGGUACAUCAACCUCCGGUACUGGGCCUCUUGUCACCAUGAGUAAGGAAGGGUACACAGAGCCAAAUGAAUCGGAUAUACGAAAUUGGAUGAAGGGGAUCAGAGACAGUGGGUACAAUGUAUUGGGCCUGGCAACCACUGUCGGUGACUCAUUCUACAAAUGUUUGGACAGUCAUUCUGUUGCUCUAGCUUUGGUAGAGAAUAUACAGUCAAUGGAAUUCAGGCAUUUAAGACUACUUGUUCAUUCAGUUUUGAUUCCUUUGGUUAAAAAUUGUCCUGUCGAUUUGUGGGAGGUAUGGCUGGAAAAGCUCCUGCACCCCUUACUUCUACACUCCAAUCAGGCUCUUAGUUGCUCCUGGUCCAGUCUUCUACAAGAAGGUAGAGCAAAGGUUCCGGAUGCCCAAGCCAUACUUGCCGGGACUGACUCAAAAGUGGAAGUAAUGGAAGAAAAGCUACUUAGAGAUCUUACUCGAGAGAUUUGUUCACUCCUCUCUCUCAUUGCUUCCCCACAGCUAAAUACUGGGCUUCCAUCCUUGGAGCACUCUGGGCAAAUCAGCCGAGUCGAUCUAUCUUCACUCAAAGCUUUAGAUUCUUUUGCAUCGAGCUCUAUGGUUGGUUUCAUUUUGAAGCACCAAGGUCUUGCCCUUCCUGCACUGCAGAUAUGUUUAGAAGCUUUUAAAUGGACAGACGGUGAAGCCAUGCCAAAAGUUUCUGUCUUUUGUGGUGCUUUGGUUGUUCUAGCUAUAUUUACAAAUAGUAUGGAACUCCAACAGUUUGUUGCUAAGGAUCUUUUUUCUGCAAUUAUCCAAGGUUUAGCCCUUGAAUCAAACGCUUUCAUCAGUGCUGAUUUGGUUGGUCACUGUCGUGACAUAUACAUAUAUCUCUGCGAUAGACAUCCGGCUCCUAGGGAGGUUCUGCUCUCACUUCCCUGCAUCAAACAGCAUGAUUUGCUUGCUUUUGAAGAAGCUUUGACAAAGACAGCUAGUCCUAAAGAACAAAAACAAUAUAUGAAAAGCCUGCUCUUAUUAGCUACUGGAAACAAGUUAAAAGCACUUGUUGCUCAGAAAACCGUAAAUGUUAUAACAAAUGUAACAACAAAGCCUCGCAACACAGUCAACGUUGCGGAAAACAGAGUUGAUGAGGGGGAGGUUAUUGGACUGGCAGCAAUAUCAUGAUGUAAAUGUGACUGGCAGCAAUAUCAUGAUGUAAAUGUGUGAUGUCUUGUACAAAAAUGAGAUCAACUAAAAGAAGGAAAUCUGUAUUGACUUGAGGAAUAUGAUGAGGUAAAAAUCCCUUUUUGGGCCAGAGUUCUACAGUACUUUUACAUCGGUUCUCGCUGACGUUACAUCUCAUAGAAGAUUGAUCUUUUAGAAGUUCCUUGACAAUGUUGUAUCCUGCUUGUAUUGCCAUGGAAACUGGGUUUUUUUGUAUAGAACAUAUCAAAAGAGAGAAAGAUUGUCUAGCUAGCUGUUUCUUUCUUCUUGGUAGGUUUAACUCGAAGCUUUUUGCUCUUGUUGUAUGGUCAUGAAUUGAGGGCAGAUAUGCAAAGGAUCCAGUUUUUGGGUCUUUCUGUUUCA